AUGAUCAACAAACGCGUACAAUUUGCUCCUACCAACAUCGUCUAUUCUCCUAUCCCAUCUACCCCUUCGCCAUGUCGCUCCACAUCAUCCUUGCCUUCAAGCCCAGACAUCCCCACACCGCCUCCCGAGUUAGAGUACUCAAUGGGCGGCGGCUACCCGCGUUCUCCAUACCCACGACAGAACGACGAGAUCUACCCCGACCAAAUUGAUCCCAAAAGCAUGCAGAUCCACUUCCUGCUUGCCUACGCUCCUUACGCGGAGCCCGCUCUCGCCUACGACCUCACCCUUCACCCAGAUUCGCUUAACGACCAGGUAGAAUUCGCCACCUUCUACGAGCCUGCCACGCAGCCUCCAAUGAGGAGCAUCCUCAUUAUCUGCCCACAACUCAAGCAGUGGGACCCCAUUGAGGUUACCGCUGCGCGCUCGAACGGCGAGUACGUUACGGUUGUCGACGUCCUCACUGCGAUAUACGACCACCUCCGCAGCGCAGUCAGCCAUUCCGAAUACGCGACCUGCACGGAGAGGCAAGCGGUAGACGCUGCGUGGCUCGCGCGGUGGAUUAGGAUCCAAGAUGCUGAGCUUAGAGCGGCGGAGAAGAUGAAGGGCGUGAAGCGGGUCGAUUUUUUGUUAGGCCAGAAUCGGUUCUUGGGUCUGUCGGGGACUUUGAGGGGCCCCGAUAUCUGGGAGCUCAAUGUUUCGCGGUGA